AAAGUUUAACUGAAUAGAUUGUAAACUAUUUGUUUAAAAAAUAGUUCUAAUUAUUAAAUUCUUAGUAGAGGAUAUUUUUAUUAAGAAAAACUUUAAAAAUUUAUUAUAAAAAUGAUUGAAAUAAAUUUUGAUGAUUUUUUUGAGCCUGAAGAAGAAAACGAAGAAGAAGACUUUGAUUUCAUCGAUCCAGGCAUUCUUCAGCAGUUCAAGCAACAAAAGGUUUCAAUAGAGAAAAUUCAGAAGGAAAUAUUCAACUUCGAUGAAAAAGAUGAAGGAGAUGCAAGAAGUGAAAAAGCAAUUAGAAAUUUUGAGUUUCAAAUUCAAGUCAGUCGAGUGCUUCAAAUUUUCGAUGAAAUGAUAAAGAAAAUUAAAACACUUUUAUGUAUACAAGAAUUCAUAAAAGAUCGUGAAUUAAUGCGAAAAUAUUUCAAAGAUGAAGACAUUGAAGAUUUGAAAAGAUACUGUUCAAGUCAUACAUACGAAUCAGAUUUAAAUAAUUUAAUAGAAGAAAGAAAUGUCAAUCGAUUAAUUCAAAUGCUCUUAAGUACCAACUUACACUUACAUACAGAUCAAUAUAAAGAUAAUAUUUCGCUGCAAAAAAAAUUAUUUCUAUCAAGUAUUAAGGAAUUACGUAACAUAAUAUAUUCACGGCUGCAAUUGACGGCUCCAAAAGAACUUAAAAAAGAACAAAUUCUUCAUCAAAUGUGGAAAAAAUAUGAAAAGACAAAGGAUAAAUUAACUUCUCUUCGCGAAAAAUGGAUAUAUAGAAAGGAAAAUUUUGAAGAAAAAAUGCAAAACAAAUAUGAGCUGAUUGAAAAGUAUAAAAAGGAAAUUGAUAUUUUAAAAAAAGAGAGCGAAAUUGAAAUUGAAAGUCAAAUUCAGCAAUCAAAUGUCAACAUCAUUGAUUUUUGCAAAACCAAGGAUAAUGCAAUUGAAAUUAAAUAUAAUAUGGCUGAGGAUUCAAAAGAGGCUUAUAAGCAACUGUUGAAUAAAAAUUUGACAAAAGAGAAGCGACUUCGUGAGCAAAAAGCGAAGGCGAUACAAGGAUUGCAAAUAAUUUUAAAUAAGUAUGAUGUUGAAGUUGGUGAGGAACGCACAAAAGAGCUCGAAGAAUUACACAAUGCUCUUGAUUUGCAGCGGAAAGAAUUUACUGUGUGGAAAGACACAGUUUUUGAACCCCAAAUCGAGCUGCAUGCAAGACUUAUGCAAGAGAAAACUGAUACUGAGAGAAUGGAGAUGGAACAAUCUAUGCUAAUAUUUAUGAUGAAUCGUUCUGCUAGGAUUCUUCAAAAAUGUUGGCGAACUAUGGUUGCAAAACGAAAGAAAAAGAAGAGUAGACGGGGAAAGAAGAAAUAAGUCUGAGUAGUAGAUACAUGUCAAAUUAUUAAUCAAAUAGUGUUAAUCGUAGAAACCAAGCAAGCAAUAAAUCAUAGUUUUUCAAAAUGUCAUCGAAGAAAAUUAUAUUUACAAAACUUAAUUCAAUUUUAGCUUCUAAAAGCGAUUUGUUAAAGUUUUUGGCAAGAGGUUUUUCAUCUAC